AUGUCGGUAGUCGGCGAAGCCCCACCUGGAGCUGGCCCCGCCAGCGCGGUAGAGCCAGCUUCCUCAUCCCUCACUCCCUCAUCUACACCAGUCGAACCUUCCGCCUCCACCACUCCCCAUCCUCCCAGCUCUCCUUCAGCUCCCCCGCCGCGCGCGUCAAGAAGAGCUCAGCGAUCCACACGGCCAACCACAGGGUCCGCACCUCCACCUCCGGCGAUUUCCGACGUCGCAAGGCCUGCCUACUUCUUCCCCCUCAACAACAACUCUACAAAGUCUAUGGAAUGCGAGCCGGAGCCAAUACCCGACGACCUCAUCGUGAUGCCUGAAGACGACCCCGGCGCACUGGCCGGGAUUCCCGUGUUUAAACCCACCUACGACGAGUUCAAGGACUUUGACGUGUACAUGGAGCGCGUUGCCCCGUGGGGCCAGCGCUCGAGCAUUGUCAAGAUCAUCCCGCCAAAGGAGUGGGUCGAUGCGGUUAACCUCAUCAGUCCGCGCGAGAUGAGCGAGCUCCAGAUCAGAAGCCCUAUAGAGCAACAGAUGUUGGGCAAGAAUGGCGUGUUCGUACAGCGCAACAUUGAGCGCAACCGCAACAGGCCUCUCAGCGUGCAAGAGUGGUUCAAGAAGUGCUCGCACGACGACUUCCUGACCCCGGAUCCUCGGCAGGGCGACCGUACUGUCGACCGUGACUCGAAGGACGCGCGCGCAUGGCAGCGCGAACGAGUUGCCACAAUCAAGGCUGAGAAGCUUGCUAAGCGGGAGGCGGCGCUCAAACGUAAGCAGGAGCGCGACGCGAAGAAGGCCGAGGAGCAGGCAGCGGCAGACUGCGCCAACCCUGAUUCGAGCUCAUUCCGCACUCCACCCGGAAGCCAGAACAGCGACGACGACGUGCCCGAGUUGGAGGACGCGUCACACACCUCCAACUCGGAUGGCGAACCAAUAGCCACCCCCGAGUUGUCGUCGCCCGCGAAACGCAACUCAAGACGCGAGCCAGAAUCAAAGCUGUCGCCAGUCGACCCAUUCUACGAGACGGCCGACUUCAAAAAGAACUGGCUGCCGGCUGGUGCGACACAGGACGAUUUUACAGUGUCUGGUUGUGCAAACAUUGAGAAGAAGUUCUGGAAAUCGAUCGGCAUGGCGCGUUCGAGCUGGUACGGAGCCGAUCUUGCGGGAUCACUCUUCGCCGACCCCCAAACGCCCUGGAACGUCGCUCACCUCCCGAACCUCUUGCAGCGCAUCAAGGACAGGCUCCCAGGUGUCAACACGCCUUAUCUUUACUUUGGCAUGUGGCGCGCCGCCUUCUCGUGGCACGUCGAGGACAUGGACCUCUUCUCAAUCAACUACAUCCAUUUCGGUGCGCCGAAGUUCUGGUACGCCGUCCCGCAGGCCGACGCCGAUCGUUUCGAGACUGUCACGAGGAGCUACUUCUCCAACGACGCAAACGGAUGUGACCAGUUCAUGCGCCACAAGAGCUGCACGCUGUCGCCGACCAAGCUCGCGCAGGAGGGUAUUCGCGUUAACAAGCUCGUCCAUUUCCAGAAUGAGUUCGUCAUCACCUUCCCUCGCGGCUACCACGCCGGCUUCAACAUGGGCUUUAACUGCGCCGAGAGCGUCAACUUUGCGCUUCCGUACUGGCUCGAGAUCGGCAAGAAGGCCAAGGCGUGCACCUGUGUCAACUUCAGCGUGCGCAUCGAUGUCGACCGCCUUCUGCACUCGCCGUCGCCGACGCCCGAUGCCGAGGCCAAGAUCGAGGAGGUGCCAAAACGACCACGGAAACGCAAAUCUACUGACGCGCCCACUCCACGCCAGCCACGCGCCAGGAGGCGAAGGACAGAGAAUUCAUCCGCCCGGCCGUCCGUCGCUCCGUCUGAGGAGAGCCCAGUCAGAGUCAAGGUCGAGGAGCCUGCACCGCCUCCCAAGCUCCCGGUCAUCCGAUUACGCAUCCCGCAGCAGUUUCUGGAAUUGUCAAAACAGGACAAGCCAAAGUCCAGUAUCAUACGCGAGACCCCGAAGCCCCCAUGCGUCCUUUGUCCGUCGCUGGCGAUGGACGACCUGGCGCCAGUGUACCAGCCAUCGGACGCGAUCCGGGCCCUGUCGGCCACUCCGGGCGUCAACGCGCAUGUGUCGUGUGCCAUCGCCGUCCCAGAGGCUUACACCGAGGACGUUGAUGUCGGCGACGGUAGCACGGCCACUUACAUCAGGGGCCUGGACGACAUUGGCAAGGACCGCUGGAAGCUCAAAUGUGCGCACUGCGUCGACAAGCGUUCGGCGACCACGGGCACCAAGAUACAGUGCACGAAGGGCAAGUGUGUACGCGCGUACCACAUCCCAUGCGCCCGCAACAAUCCGCAGGUGUCGUACUGGGCCGGCGAGAGGCUCGUGAACGGCGUGCCGUCGUUCGGUGUCGAGCUCCUUUGUCCGACUCACAACCCUGCCGUCGUCGAGAUGAAAAAGCGCAUGGCUCAGGACGAACUGCGUCGUAAGGUCCUGGAGUUGAGGGCUGGCGCCACCAUCAAGAUCAAGGCGAGCGGUGGCUCGUACGAGGCGAUACUUGUGAGCGUGAACGAGGCCCACUCGACUGUGCUCGUUCAAGUGGCAGACGGCACCAGACGCCCGAUGCCGUGGACGGCGCUCGACUUCCAUGCUCGGCAACCACGGAUGCUGGAGAACGAGUACGCCGGGCCACCCAAGCGGAGUCGCAAGGAACAGCAGCAUCCCCCGACACCCGUCUCCGUCUCCCCGGUUGCACAGAUUCGAGGUCACCAGGCAUCAGUCUCGCCUGUGUCGCAGAUCCGCGCCCACCCAUUGCCAACUCCUGCUAUGACCCACGCACCCUUCAUGCCUCAUCCCCAUUCUCCUGUUGCCCACACUCGGCCACAGUCGCACUCUCCAGUCGCGCACCCCAGGCUGCAUUCCCACUCUCCUGUUGCCCACACCAGAGCGUCUCACCACUCAGUCUCUCCCGUAGCGCAUCCAAGAGUCAUCAACCAUGGGUACGCCGAACCACCACCCCACGUCUUGCACCAACCCCACUACGUCCCACGAAGUCCGGCGCACUUCUAUCCGCAAGGCCCGACCUACGCUCCAGUUCCCAACACCAUGCUCGUCGACUCGAAGGGCGGGCGCGUGCCACCACACAUGGGCUACCCCCCGGGUGGAUACCACCACUGUGCGCCGGGACCAGGCAACUACGGGCCAGGACCAGCAAUGGUUGAGCACGCUAGAGGUGCGCAUCCAUACCUAGCGUACCCUCCGCGGAUGCCGAUACCCGCACCAGGACGUGUAAUGGCUCAGAGCUAUGGUGCUCGUCCGCUCCUGCAUGCUCCACCUCCUCCGCAUCUCAUGACGAGCGCUCCAAUGGGACACCAAGCACAAUCGAAUGGCGCUCCUGGCGGAUGGAACCGAGGAUAUCCCCCGCCAAAUAGCUCGCCAGCGGCCCCACCUCCGCCUGCCCUGCCACCUAUUGCGUCAGGUGGGGUCGGUAAGAUUGAUCUCGGCCUGGAUCGGAUGCGGGAGUUGAUGCGCGGUCUCCCGCCAAUGACCGUUCCGGCUGUCCACCUGGCUGGGACGAACGGCAAGGGGUCUGUGUCGGCGUUGCUGGAGUCUUGUUUCCGCGCCGCUGGUUUCCGCACGGCGCGUUACAACUCCCCUCAUCUCCUGGAGGCACGUGACGCUGUGCGUAUCAAUGGACUCCCUCCGUCUCGUGAGCAGUACGCCGAGGCACAGGCCCAAGUCGAGCGUACUGCCAAAGAGCGCAAACUCGAGCCGACAACGUUCGAGGUUGCCACGGCGGCCUUCUUCUACCUCGCCUCGACGGUUCAACCUCCUGUGGACGUCAUGAUCGUGGAGUGUGGUAUGGGUGGCGCACGUGACGCAACCAACGUUAUGCCCGACCAGAUCAUCCUCGCGUCUGGCCUCACCUCAGUUGGCCUCGACCAUACAGACCGCCUCGGAAACACCAUUGCCGACAUCGCCCGCGAGAAGGCAUCGAUCCUCGUCCAGGGUGCGGUGCUGGUAACGUCGCCCAACCUGCACCCGGAAGCGACGUCUGUCGCGCACGCGAUCGCCGCCGAACGCGGUGCACACUUUGUGCAGGCUGCGCCGAGCGCGAUGCUGGCACCGCAGGGUGCGCUGUCGCUCGUACCGUUCCGCGAGCCGGCGCCUUCCCAGAUCCGUACACCACUGGCAGGCACAGCAGCCAAGCACCUUGACACCUCGCUCAGCUUGGGCGGCGCGCACCAGCUCGACAACCUGUCUCUGGCGCUGACGCUUCUCGACGUGAUGAGGCACGACAGGCGCGCUGUGUCGAUCCAACCUAGGCUCUCGCAGAUCACAGAGGCGCACAUGGUCGCCGGCGUCGCAAACACCCGGUGGGAGGGGCGCUGCUCGUGGCUCGCUUGGCGUGACGGCGAUGUGACCGUUCCCAUCCUUGCGGAUGGCGCACACAACGCCGACUCGGCCGCCACGCUGCGUGCGUACAUUGACGGUCUCAACCUGCCAAACCGCCCGCGCACCUUUGUCCUCUCCCUCUCGGCCAACCCUGGCAAGACGCCGCAGAGUGUCCUCGCGCCUCUCCUGCGCCCUGGUGAUCGUGUCGCGCUCGUCGACUUCACUACACCCGUCGACGGCAUGCCGUGGAUCCGCCCAGCGGACAAAAGCGCCGUGCGUGCGGCCGCCGAGGCGCUGCAGGCCGGCGAGAUCGUUGACAUUCCCGGUGCUGGACCACAGGCGGUCGCGAACGCGCUCCGCUGGGCCCAGGGUGACUGGAAUGCGCGCGGACCAGGACUCACGGUCGUCUGCGGGAGCUUGUACCUUGUCGCGGACGUGUACCGUCUCAUCGGCGCUUAG